AUGGGUGCUACAAGAAUCGAAUGGGCUGCAAUUGACGGCCAGGAACACCCCGUGUUGGCUCCUGCUUGGGUCAACAACGGAACCGUCUUCACCUCGGGAAUCAUUGGUCAGAACUAUGCUACUGGUGAGGUGCCUGAGACUUUGGCAGAACAGACUGAAUUGGCCAUUGCCAAUGUGAAGCAGGUGUUGGCCGCUAGUGGGUCGUCUUUGGAUAAGGUGUUCAAGGUGAUGAUGUUCAUUUCGCACGCAGAAUACUCGGUAGAGAUGAACCUGAUCUAUGGCAAGCACUUUGUGCAAAAACCUGCUCGUUCUUGUGUGAUUGCUGCAUUUAUGGAUGCAAGGAUCAAGGUGGAGUUGGAGGUGAUUGCCACAACUGAUUAG